AUUCAUAGUUCAUAUUUAAAAUACAACACAUUGAAAGAAAAAUAAUUAUUUCUGACAAGUAACAACUAUUUAUCAACGCUGUUCAUUUAAAAUAGUAUUUAUCUAUUUUUUGAAGAAUUACAAUAAUAAAGAAAUUGUAGUAUACCUCAUUCAAAUUUUAAUUUCUGAAUGGAUAAAUUUCACAACACUAAGAGUUUUGCGUCUUCAAGUAAAAAGAGUUCUAAUGAAAAAGUAAGGCUUAACAUUAUUAAAGCAUAUUGGUUUUAUGUUAUAUUUUUAAUAUACAAUUAUUAUAGGGUUGCCAUACGUACCGGAAAACAAGAACUAUCUGGUUUUUGACUUAAUGUACUGGUAUCCCGAAAAAAAAUGUUGGUAUGCUAAUAUGGCCCGGUUUUAAGAAAAAUUAACAUUAUUUAAUUUCGAAUAGUACGUAACUGUAAUCGAGAGAUAGCGAUACAAUUUUUUUCAAAUAUGGGAUAAAACAAUGAUGACAAUACCUUUUAUAGUAUCUAAAUACUUACCUGUUAGUUAUUAUUUGUACGUUUUAUAACAGUUUUUUUGAUGAUUAAAAUAAAAAAUAUAAAUGUGUUCUUUUUAUAAUAGAUUUGUAAUCUACAAAAAAAUAAGUACAAUUUUUGUUGUAUUGUUUUAGUUUAUUGAAUAAUAGGUUAUUUUUUUUAAAUACAUAUAGAUUAUAGGUUUAUAGACAUAGAUAUCUAUUCGUAAUAUAAUUUAAUUAUAUUUUUAGUCUAAUUUUAUUUACUACUUUUUCUAUUAGUUCCAGAUUUUCUUUAUAAAAUUAUGGCAACCCUAAAUUAUCAUGUAUUUAGUAACUGUUCAUUUUGAUGUUAGGUUCAAUAAUAACUUAUCAAUUAGCAAUUAUAUUAUAAUUUGUUAAUGAUUAUUAGAAAAAAAAAUACAUAUAUUUUCUAUUUUAAUUAUUUUGUUUUUAGAAUAUUGAUGCAGAUUCUAUGAUUAAAAACAUAAUUGCUCAACAAGACACAUUUUUUGUUAAUAAUGAACACCAGUUUUAUUCGGUAAUAAUAAUUUAAAUUUACAUUUAAUAUAAUAAGGUUAGAAUUUCUCUUCUUUUUAUUUUAAUACUAAAUAAAAAUUCAUUUUUUUUUUUAAAUUUAAACAUCAUGGUUUACUGAUAGAAAAUGUAUAAAUUUAUACUGAAUUUUUUUUGCGAAAAUCAUAUAAGAAGUUAUGGUAUAAAAAAUUAAAAACUUCAAAUUUUCUAAAAAAUUGUUUUUGAAAGAUGUGUUUUUUGACGCUGAAUAUAAUGGCACAUCAUAGUUUUUUAGUUUAUAAAUAAUUUAGAAGUAAUAGAGAUAUAAAGUUUGCUGUUAUGAUUUUACAAGUUUGAUGAGUUUUAAAUUAUUUUUUCCAGUUAUCUAUCCAACUUGGUUUUGUACAACAAAUUGAAGGUUAUUGUCAUUUAAAAUAGUCUAAGUAAAUUUUUCACAGUAACUUCUUUAAUAUUGCUUGUCUAAAAUUAGAUUGGCACCUACAUUUUAAUGGACAAUAGGUUCUUUCUAAUUAUAAUUCAAACAUUUUUUUAAUGUUAAAGUUAUAACAUAAGUAUUAAUUUAAAAAUAUAAAAAGAGGAAUCAAUCUUAGCUUGAGGUGAUAUCUUGAAAGAAAUGAUAAUUUAUUUAUAUUUUUGUAGUAUUUAUCUAUAUAUUUUGAACAUAUUUUAGAAUUUACCCAAAUGGAUGAUACCAAAAUCAGGUUUUGUUCACCCAUUAUAUGAGCAGAUUUGGCAAUAUGUGAAAUCUGAUAAACGUGAUAGAACAUGUGAUACUAAUUUAGUUUCACAAUUAUUGAUGACUAGUGGUCUACCAGUUGAUGUUCUUGGCGGACUGUGGUCCAUGGCUAAUAUUGGCGUGGAAGGAUCAUUAUCUCAACAGGAACUAUAUAUUAUUUUGGCUUUGAUUACACUAGUUCAGGUAAUACAUAUAAGUAAACAAUGGAAGUAUACAUUAUAUAAUUUCUUUAAAAUAAUAGUAUUGUAUUUAACCUUUAAAUAUAUUAUUUUUUGUAAAAUAUUAAUUUAAAAUAAAUUUAAUAGGUAACUAGAUAACUUAAAUGUAUUUUAAAAUUAUUUUUUAGAAUGGAUAUUCAGUAUCGAAUGUAUCAUUGCUUCAACAUAUUCAUAAACCAAUAAUUCCUCAAUUAAAUUAUACUCUUAUUGAGAAAAAAAAUUAUGCUUCGUCGGUAAAAUCAAGUAUUGAACAUAAACAACAAAUAACAAAUAAAUCAAAUACAAGUAGUACAGUAUCAAAAAAUAUUAUGCUAGAACAAAAUAUUUAUACCAAAAACUUUCAACAACCAAAUUUGAAUAUGAUUCCAUCCGAAGAUUAUGAUCCUUUAGCAGUAACAUUUAUAGAACCAAAAAACCAAAUGUCUAGAAUAAUAUCUCCAUUAAAUCCUGAACCAAAAUCUUUAGACUUAUCACCAGUUAAUGACAAUUUUGAAGCAUUUGACGACGAGUUUUCUGAUUUCCAAAGUGCUCAGUUUACAAACAAUGAUGGUCUCAAUAAACGUGAAUUAACAGACUUCUCAUCAGCUUUUGAUGCAUUAUCUUUUAAACAAAGUUCUACCAAUAUUAUUGAAAAAGAUGAUCAAACAUUUAAUGCUAUCUCUUCAAAAAACGUUCCUUCAAAUUUGUUUGAUAGUCAACCAAAUUUGAUUAGUUAUCAAAAUGAAAUUCAAGAUAAAUAUGAAGUAUUUCGUACUUUAGCAGCAGAAGCUGUUGAUAUUGAUUGUUUAAUAAAUGAAAAUACUAAUAAUGAUUUAUUGAACACAACAUCCAUAGAAAGUAAUAAACAGAAUCUUCAAAACUAUGAUGUUUAUGAUGAUGAAUUCGGAGAUUUCUUAUGUGUUGGGAAAGUUUCAAAUAAUAAGCCUGAAAUUGAAGUUGAUUGGAAAAAUGUUCAAGUAUAUUUCAUUUAUUAUUUAAAAUAUUAUAAUACAUAUUUUUUUUAAAUACAUAAAUACCAUUGUAAUACAUUUUUAUCUAAUAAUGUCAAAAUAUUAAUAUUUUAGGUUCCAUAUCUAUUUUAAAUUAUUAUAUUUUUCUAUUAGACAUUUUUUGAAGUUUUAUAUUUUUGUAGGUGCAAUGCAUAAAUAAGUGUUUAGAAUUCUUACGAGAAGGUUUUAUUACAUUUUCAAGUAUAUCUGAUGAAAAAGUACUCGCGGAAGUUAUAAAUCAUGAUAAAGGAAUAAAAUAUUUAACACGUAUGUAUAAUAUAGGUACUCUCUACUUUAAGUAUCAAAUGAACCAGUAAAUUAUUUGAAUAUAAAUGUUUUAGAACUAAAUUUGAUUAGUCAAAUUUGCAAACGAAUACUUAAACAUUGUUAUUCUACAUCAUUAGAAGAUAAUCUAACUGAUGUAAUGUCUAAAUUGGAAAUAUAUUUGAAUAAUUUAAACAAUGAAUCGACUAAUAAUUCAGAGGUAAAUUUAAUAUCAAAUCAUAUUUCAUAAUAUAACAUAUAUUUCUUUAAAUACCUUUAAUGAAAAAAAAAAUGUUUAGGAUUUAGAUUCAGCCAGUGAAAUCAUACCAUGUUACUUAUGCAAAUGUAAUUGCGGUACAGACUCCAUUGAAUAUAUGCUUAACUAUUAUCACUCAUCUUGUAUAAAUUUAUUGAUUAAUUUUGUACAAACUUCUCAACUUUCUGUUAAGUAAUAAUUUUUGUAAUUCACCAUAUUCCAUAAUAUUAAAUAUAAUUUUGUAUGAAAUACAUUACAUGUAUACAAAUUAAAUGUGAAGACAAUUAUACAGUGUAUAAUUCAGAAGAUGGAAUGUCAAUAUAUAACAUGCACAAUUUUCCAAUAGUUUGAAAUUUUUAAAUUAAAAAUUAUUCGAUAGAAUUUUUCUUAUUGAAUAUGUCCAAUAUAUUUUAAUUAUUUUAAUUUAUAACAUGUCACAUUAUUUAUUCAAGCCACAUAUGUAGACAUUUUUAAGUUUCAAUUACAAGUUCAGAUCUUAAUUUUAAUAAUAAUAAUAAUUUUGUUUAAUAUGUUUGUAUAGAAUGUACUAAUUAUGUAAUUAAUUUCUUAAUUUUUUUUUUAACCAUAAUUAUCAAACUAAAAAAAACCGACUUAAUGGGGUAGGUGGAGAAAGAAGUACACUUAUUGAAGAAAUCAAUACUUAUAAUUAUAAAUUUCACACAAAACACAAAUGUAUAAUAACAAUGAAAAAUGAAUGGUAAACAAUAAGUACUAUGAACUAAGUUAUAUAUUGACUAAUUAAUUAGUUAUUAAAAAUUAUAGUACUUAAAAUACAAAAUGUUAUUUUAUAAAUUGAUAAUUAAAAAUAAAGUAUUAAAUUAAAAUUGCACAUAAAACUAAAAAUGGUUUAUAUUAAUGUGAGGUAAAUUUGGAAUUGAUGAAUAUAAUUGCUACAUUCAGUGGGUUUGGUUUUAGCAUUUCCAAAACUUUAUCCAUAGGGUAUUGUACUUGAAAUACAUUCUAAAUAUAGAAAAUAAAUAAUUAAGUAUAUUUCUUUUCUCCCCUAAGGGGAAGUGAAAACCAGAAAUCUUAUAAAUACACCACUGGUAAGCUAGGCAAUAUUAAUACUUAUACAUUAUUAAUGCAAUACAUUUCCAGAAAUCAGUCAGAAUGAAUAGUUAAAUAAUAGAUAAAUUUAUUUUUCUUCUUCAUCUUCAGAUUUGUCAUCUGUAGCUUCUUCAUCUUUUUUGAAUAGCAAUGGAAACAUGCCCAAAAAGCAACCUAGAGUUACUCCAAGUGUUCUUCCCUAACAAUAAAUGAAAUUAAUAUGCAAUUACCAAUUAUCACCAAAGUUAUUGAAAAUGAUAAGUCUUUGCAAAAAAAAAAAAAAAAAAAAAAGUAAAAUAUAACAGAUUGAAAAAUCUGAAUACUUUAUUAAUUAAUGCUAAAAUUUGAAUUUUUAAAGAAUAUUUUAAUGAAAAUUUAUUAACGAUGGUGUAUGCAUGUACAAAUUAUAUUCAAUUUCUAUGAAAUUAAAAAUAAAUUGCAUGUAUGAGAUAAAGUCUAUUAAGAGAACACACAUUUAUUUGUUGUCACCAUUUUAUAAAUGCACAACAUGGCAUAUUUGCGUUUAGGAGAACCACUCUUUGGCUUUUUAAGAUAUUUUAAUUUUUAAACAAAAUGUUGUAUAUUUAUACAAUAAUAUUUCUCACAAUCAUAUCUUGUUUUUAAAAUAAGUAAAUUCACUGUAAUAUUAUUAUAAUUUGAUAUUUUGAUUUAAUGAAUCUUACUAAAUUAGCAGCUCGUCUACUACAAUUCAUAUCCAACUGUACAGGUGUUAGAUUAGGAGGUUUUAAGCCAAGUUUGAUAACCAUUUGUUCAACAUAAUAUGAAGAACCAAUUCCAAGAAUGUCUGAGAAAGUAUUACCAAUGGCAGCUGCGGCCAUCGUUGAUAUUGUAAUUACGGCACCAACUGUUCUUUCUAUUGAUUCACCCUGAAUUUAUUUACAUAUAUAAAUAUUAUGUACAAUUUGCUACACAAUGUUAACAAAUAAAAAUAGAAAAAUAUACAUACACAUAUUAGCAUCACAGAAUUGUCCAAAAAUCCAAACAUUAUGAAAGGAAUAGCAUUUUGUAAUCCCACUAAUGAACAAAUAUUUUUUUGAAAAACUACUCAUUUAAAACAUAUAGGUACUUAUUGCAUACCUCUAAAUAACUGGGCUCUAGUUGGUUCAGGUACAGUUUCCACUAAAUUAAAAUAGUAAACAGAAUUUAAAUUUUACAAUAGAAUUUACGAAAAUAUGAGAAGUUAGGUAGGUACUUAAGAAAUUCAAUUGUUAUUAUGAAUUAUAUAAUAAAUUGUCUUACCAUUAAUUUCUUCUAUACACGGAAGGAUAAUAACAGAAAUAUUAAAUUUUAAAAUGUUAUUAAUUUGUUUAAUUUAUACUAAUUAGUUAUUAAUAAAUUCAGUAUAAUAUAGUAUAUACUAUUUCAUAGCUUUUUCAGAAUGAUUCACUAAGUGUAUUCACCCCAUAAUUAUUAUUUUUUGUCAAAUUUUACAUACAUGUAUUCAAAUUUUGAUUCUUAGAAUUUUUAAUACUUAAAGCUAAAAUUUUUGAAUACUUCAAUAGGUUUAUUUAAGGUAAUUUUCCAACUAUUUAUGACAUUUUUAAUACAAGUUCCCAUUUAGAAAAAUCUAAUCAUUUGGAAAUCUAGACUUUAACUACCUACACUUAAAAAAUCCAAAAAUCAGAAUUUGAAUAUAUUAUUCAAAAUUUAACAGAAAAAAAUGGGGUGAGCAAGCUUAGUGAAUCAUUCUGUAUAUUUAAUUUAAAUAGAUGUUGUAGGUACCAUAUUUUUUUAAUAUCCAUUCUUCAGGUAGUGGGCAGUAAGAGCCUGUUGGAUCUACAUCUCCUAGUUCAGGAACUUUGCUAGGACGUCCAAAUUUUGAACGCCAUCUAAAUCCUGCUAAUUGGCCUAAA